GUGACAACCGUAUCAUCUGAUUCUGACAUACUGAUCACUUUUUAGAUGACCUUCUCGAAAGGUCACAUCACAUCAGUUAUCUUGUUUAAAUAAAGCAAACGUUUUUUAAUUAACGCACGGCAGUUGCGCUCGGCAAUUCUUAAUUGUAUAUACACUUUCGUUUCAAGGUUCAAAAUACAAGUGCCGGAAACAAUGUCCUGGUUUUCAGAAGUUGAAUUAGGACCUCCAGUGGAAGUUUUUGCUCUCACUAAGGCCUACAACGAUGAUACUUUCGAUAAGAAAGUGAAUCUUGGAGUCGGAGCUUACAGAAACACUGAAGGUAAACCAUGGGUUCUGCCAGUUGUAAGAACAGCGGAAAAAGCUCUAGCCAAUGAUGAAUCGCUCAACAAAGAGUACUUACCAAUUUUGGGCUUGGAAGCUUUCAGUACUGCAGCUACUACCAUGUUGCUAGGACAAGAUUCACCUGCAAUCCGUGAAGGAAGGGCAUUUGGUGUCCAAUCUCUAUCUGGUACUGGAGCUCUUAGAGUUGGUGCCGAGUUCCUUGCCAGAGUAUUAGGAAAGAAGACCUUUUACAUUUCUGAUCCUACUUGGGAAAACCACAAGUUGCUCUUUAAAAAUGCCGGCUUUACAGAAGAACGCAGCUACAGAUACUGGGACAAUAAAACCCGUGGUCUAGACUUCAAUGGUAUGAUAGAGGAUUUGAAAAAUGCUCCAGAGGGCGCUGUCAUCAUUUUACACGCUUGCGCACACAAUCCUACAGGUACAGAUCCCACUCCUGAACAAUGGACAGCAAUCGCAGCUGUUUUAAAAGAAAGAAAAUUGUUCCCCUUCUUCGACUGUGCCUACCAAGGUUUCGCCUCUGGUAACUUGGUCAAAGAUGCUGCUGUGGUAAGAAAAUUCGCCGCCGAAGGCUAUGAGUUCUUCUGUGCCCAGAGUUUUGCCAAGAACUUCGGUCUCUACAAUGAACGUGUUGGAAACCUAACAGUAGCGGUUAGCAAACCAGACCUUAUGGCACCUGUAAAAUCGCAGCUUACUCUCAUCGUCAGAGGAAUGUACUCAAACCCACCUAGUCACGGAGCCAGGAUAGUAUCUUUUGUGCUCAAUAACCCAGAUUUGGCAAAGCAGUGGCAAGAUAAUAUCACUACGAUGUCUUCAAGAAUAAUUGAAAUGAGGACUCUGUUGAGAAACGCAUUAGAGGAGUUGGGCACUCCAGGAGACUGGAGCCAUUUAACUAAACACAUCGGAAUGUUCUCUUACACAGGUCUAAAUGAAAUCCAGUCAGAGCACUUGGUGAAGAAACAUCAUGUCUACCUGCUGCGUUCUGGAAGAAUUAGUAUAAGUGGUUUGAACAAUGACAACGUGAACUAUGUUGCUAAAGCCAUCCAUGAAACAGUAACCACCCUACCCAGCAAAAUAUAAGUGUUUUAGAAUUUUUAUGGGAAAAUGCCACAGAAGAACAAAUAUUUUCAUUUUUUGCCUUAGCUCGUUCUUUGAUGAGUCAUUUCUUGCGAACCAAAGAGAAUUCGUCUAUAAUAACGUUUCUAAUAAGCUUUUUAUUAUUAUUCUGGACAUUUCCAUGAUUUAUAUUGAUUUGAGGUCUAUUAACCAAAUAUUGUCAUGAAAAAAUAUAGAAGAAUAUUAUCUAAUUAUGUGGUAAAUAUUUUGUUCAUGACAAAUAUCACAUAAAUAUGAAAAAUACCUCAAAUACUCAAAAAAAAUAUGAAUAUCUUUUCAAAUUUUACCAAAAUAUAUUUUUUGGCAUGGUUUUUAAGUUUUUAACACCAUCUUGACACUUGCACACUAAAAAUAAAAAUGUUAAAACAGUUAUAAGUUCUAUCUACUUUUAUUAUAUUAUUUCCAAAAAAGAUUAUACCACUGGGAUUUGCACAAAUAUAACGAGCCUAAUGACAAUAUUGUUUGUGGUUGUAUUCCCAGGAGCAUUUUAUAUAUAAGUAUUACUGUAAGAUACAACUGUACAGCUAAAUAAAUAUGUUAUGUCCGUUUAA